AUAAAACCGAUACAAUUUUCUUACGGGGUUGUUAAGGGGAAUAAGAUAUCCUAGGCUAAGUGUCCGAUGUGCAGUAGGCGUGGAGUCACUUUCCCCGCCCAUUCCGCCUUCGUGCGUCCGCUGCCUCCUCCCGCUCGGAGCUCAAACUGAAUGAAAUUCCAAGACUUGUAACCAAGAUGAAACCUCCCUCCCGCAAUUGGUCGGUGCCGGGGAGGAGCCUCGUGAUUGGCGGAAAGUCCGGGGAGGCGGGCGAGGGGAGACCGGUACCUCGGGUGCCCUCACGUGGCACCACCCCUACCUUUCACGCAAUUUUCCCCGACUCCCGGGAGCUGGGCCGAGCGGACUCCUGCGGCGGCGCGACCCUCUGACGUUUCCUCUUCUAGUUGGCCGGAAGCUGCGGCUGCUGUUCCGAAGCCUGACUGGCUGCUUGCGCCGCCGCGGAGGUGAAGUGUACAGCGCCGAUUGGUUCCCAGGCGCCGGCCGCGUGUGAUGCCCCGGGUCGCGAUUGGCCGUCUCCUGCCGGGGGCUUCUCUCGCCGGGACUCGGGACUCCCGGGAAGUGGACCAGCAGGGGAGGGGGGGUAAGCUAGCUGUCUCUGCGGACCGAGUAGGAGACCCCCGGCGUGAGGCGGCCUCACUGGGCCGGGUGGGCUGGCGAGCCGACGCGGCGGCGGAGGCUGUGAGGAGUGCGUGGGACCCGGCCCGGGACAGAAGAGCCAUGGCCCCGCAGAACCUGAGCACCUUUUGCCUGUUGCUGUUGUACCUCAUCGGGGCCGUGAUCGCCGGGCGAGAUUUCUAUAAGAUCUUGGGGGUACCUCGCAGUGCCUCUAUAAAGGAUAUUAAAAAGGCCUAUAGAAAACUAGCCCUGCAGCUUCAUCCCGACCGGAACCCUGAUGAUCCACAAGCCCAGGAGAAAUUCCAGGAUCUAGGUGCUGCAUAUGAGGUUCUGUCAGAUAAUGAGAAACGGAAACAGUAUGAUACUUAUGGUGAGGAAGGAUUAAAAGAUGGUCAUCAGAGCUCCCAUGGAGACAUUUUUUCACACUUCUUUGGAGAUUUUGGUUUCAUGUUUGGAGGGAACCCUCGUCAGCAAGACAGAAAUAUUCCGAGAGGAAGUGACAUUAUUGUAGAUCUAGAAGUCACUUUGGAAGAAGUAUAUGCAGGAAAUUUUGUGGAAGUAGUUAGAAACAAACCUGUGGCAAGGCAGGCUCCAGGCAAACGGAAAUGCAAUUGUCGACAAGAGAUGCGGACCACCCAGCUGGGCCCUGGGCGCUUCCAGAUGACCCAGGAGGUUGUCUGCGAUGAAUGCCCUAAUGUCAAACUAGUGAAUGAAGAACGAACGCUAGAGGUAGAAAUAGAACCUGGGGUGAGAGACGGCAUGGAGUACCCGUUUAUUGGAGAAGGUGAGCCUCAUGUGGAUGGGGAGCCUGGAGAUUUACGGUUCCGAAUCAAAGUUGUCAAGCACCCAAUAUUUGAAAGGAGAGGAGAUGAUUUGUACACAAAUGUGACAAUCUCACUAGUUGAGUCUCUGGUUGGCUUUGAGAUGGACAUUAUUCACUUGGAUGGUCACAAGGUACGUAUUUCCCGGGAUAAGAUCACCAGGCCGGGAGCAAAGCUAUGGAAGAAGGGGGAAGGGCUCCCCAGCUUUGACAACAACAACAUCAAGGGCUCUUUGAUAAUCACUUUUGAUGUGGAUUUUCCAAAAGAACAGUUAACAGAGGAAGCAAGAGAAGGUAUCAAACAGCUACUGAAACAAGGAUCAGUGCAGAAGGUAUACAAUGGACUGCAAGGAUAUUAAAAGUGAAUAAAAUUGGACUUUGUUUAAAAUCAGUGAAUCAGCGAUAUUUAUUAUCUGCAGGGCUUUUUGUGUUUUUGUUUUUAUUUUCAAUAUGCAAGUUUGGUUUAAUUUUUUUUCUAAUGAUCGUCAUGAAAUGAAUAAGAGGGCUUAAGAAUUUGCCCAUUGCAUUCAGAAAAGAAUGACCAGCAAAAGGUUUACUAAUACCUCUCCCUUUGGGGAUUUAAUGUCUGGUGCUGCCACCUGAGUUUCAAGAAUUAAAGCUGCAAGAGGACUCCAGGAGCAAAAGAAACACAACAUAGAGGGUUGGAGUUAAUUGUUAACUAUCUCAUUCAAAAUGCCAACUGGAGAAGUCUGUUUUUAAAUACAUUUUGUUGUUAUUUUU